AUGAUUGCCAAAGGCAUUUGUGGGCUCAUCUGCCUGCAAUUCUUAUACAUCGUGGGCGCAUUGGGGGGGAAAUACGAUCCAUUGCAAGCUCACACCAAUGUUGACAAAGACGCCACCAUCGCCAUUAGACGGGCUCUACACGAGGCUAGAGGGACGACAUACUCGAUGAACCAGACUCUGUUGACAAAGAGUUGGGCAAAUGCUACUAUAUUUUCCAUCGGAGCAAGCACCGAAACUUCUGCUGGGUCAAAAAACGGGACAGUAAGCCUGCAAUCUGGCCUAGAAAUUGUUUGCAAAGCCUGCUAUAUAAAUGGUACUGUUGGUGGCUAUCUGACAGUCGAGGAUGGGUUCAAUGUCACCACGGUCGUGGAUAGCGCCGAGGCAGAUAUUGCGAAUGUCACGGAUUCUGCACUUUCUCAGCUAGAAGACUUUGCGCGUGAAGCUGCCCGCGAUAUUCUCGAGGACGUCUCCCAGUUCCAAUUGAUCGAUAUACCCGCUUGGCCGACAUUGGAUCUUAACUUCGAUCUAGAUGAGGUAAACGGAUUUCCGGAAGUACAUGCACAGGUCGAGUUCGAUAGCUUGGAGCUCUAUCUGGACCUAGAUCUUCAGCUGUCGACCGGAGCUACCUACACACUAGACCUAUUCACUUCCGAGACCCCAGCAGGAAUAUCGAUUCCUGGUCUUGACGCCGGUGCUAUAUUCCAGGUUUCGCUUGUUCUAAUAGCCCAGGCGGAAAUCGAAAUUGGCAGUGGAAUCCACAUAAAGCUGGAAGAUGGUUUAACGCUGGCUCUGGAGUUGUUCAACAACAAUGUGUCGAGUAUCACCGUACCGGGUGGGCGGAUGGAAUUUCUUCCAGUAACCGUCCAAGGCCAUGGAUCCCUCCGGGCCCUCUUACAAGUCCAAACAAGUAUUGGUUUCCAGAUAUCAACCCCAAACUCGGUCUCCGUGUUCGAGUAUCUCAGCUUUAGUGCAGGGAUUGGAGGGGAAGUAUCCGCGUAUGUGGCCGACUUUCUGUUGCAGAUCGACGCUUCUACAAGCAAUGAUGCCCACUGCGGCUUUGAAGCGGUUGCAGAGUACACCCUUGCUGUGGGUGCUGCUGCGGGGGCGACAGUUGCUGUUGAUACAUACCAAUGGGGCCCCACGCCCAACACCACUGUGCCAGUGUUCUACACCACGCUGGAGAGUAUUUGUGCCGGCUAUAAGAGAUCUCCGGCGACCAUAACACCCUCUGCCACCCUUGGACAGCGAAACGAUCUCGUCACUACUACAAUCUCUACCUCAGCGACGUAUACUAUUGUUGACUGUUCAUCACAAGGGCUCAUCAACUGCCCUGUCUAUCUCCAGCGUACGACAUCGGUGAAGAGCACUAUGACGACUGUUCUCACAGUCGAAUCGGGUAUAGACGCCACAUACCCUGCAAGCACCUUCUCAUCCUUGACCAGUGCUAUUCCUUUUGGAAGUAAUGCUCGCCGACUGGGUUCUACAUCUGGAACACCGGUAUCCUACGUUCCCCCCACUGCGACCGCCACUAGUAACGCCCAUUCCAAGACUGAUGAUGAUCACGACCACAACAACUCUCAUUCCAACAACCACAAAUUGAUUAUCGGCUUGAGUGUAGGACUUGGUUUCCCGGCCGUCGUAGCAUUGGCAGCUGCGCUAUGGUAG